AUGCAGGGAAAAGAGGAGGAGGAGGAGGAGGAGGAGGAGGUGGAGGAUGAGGUCGUCGUCGUCCCUCUGCCCGAGAGGCUCAAGAGGAGGGUGGAAGCAAAGAGGCAGGCGGCUUUUGAGCCUCCCCAGACGGGCAGUGGGGACGGAGAAGGCGGAUCUGGCCUUUGUGCUAGCGCUGACCUGCUGGCACCUGGCAGCGGAUGGCCGCAGGGGGGCCUGCGGGGGAGCCCUGGCGUCGUCUGGAAAACCUUUCAGCCCGAGUCCGCAGGACAGCCUGGUAGGCCCCUGGCAGGCAGUGCAAGCCCAGAAACAUCCGCCCCUCCCAAGAAGACAAAAUACAGUCAGAAGAAAAGCAAGGCAAUCUCCCAGGCUGCGUGGCAGAGUAGGAAGAAGCAAGAAGCAGGGAGGAGGCAGCAGGAGCAGGAAAAAGAGAGGAAGAGGGCCCUUGCCAAGAUGCUGAAAGCUCAGCGGCCAGGGGAGUGCCAGAAAUACAUAACGGUGGUGUUAGAUCCAGUCCUUUUACAGGUAGAAGGUGGCAAACAGAUCCUUAGUGCUUUGCAGGCGAAGAAUUAUUCCUGUGUGGUUGAGAGUCAGGCUGUUCCCUGCAGCAUCACCUGGAGGAGAAAGACUGUGUCAUCUCAGUUGGAAGAAGGAGAUGAAUGGACAGAAGAACAAAAUGUCCUGAUUCUGCUUCGCCUGGAGGAGUUUUUGUCCAUGGUUCGCAACUACAAACAAGAGUCCCAGGGCUGCAAAGAAGGACAGGAGGAGACCCUGCAGAGCUUUGUAGCUUAUGUGAUGGAGAAAAUGCCUGGGAAAAUUCUGGCACUGGCAGUAGCUGAAGUAGAAAAUUAUUUCAGGUCUCUCGGAGUUCAGUCAAAAAACAGAUUGCGACAGGCAGCAGCAAGUGGAAACCAAGAAGAGGAACAGGGAAAACGGAGAAACAAGAAAGUUAAGGAUUCUGGCCUGGAGAUAACCAGAAUGGACGUGGAAGAAGCCUUGGUGGAUCUGCAGCUGAGCAAACAAGUUCCAGUCGGCUUUUAUGAGAGCUGGGAGGAGCUUGGAGAGUAUGCCACCAUGUUCACAAAAGCUGUAGCUGAAGCACCGUUCAAGCGAGAGCGAGAGAAGACGGGGUUCUCCUUCUACUUAGAGGGGUAUUGCAGAGGGGUGAAAGUCGAUCGUUCCGGCAAGGGUCUUUUGGAAGUUUGGAAGAGGCAGAUACAACAAUUUAACCGGGUCAGCUUCGAGAUGGCUGAGGCUAUUGUGUCUGCGUACCCGUCUCCUCAGCUUCUGAACCAGGCCUAUAGCAGAUGCUCCUCGGAGCAGGAGCGGGAGAACAUGCUGGCUAACAUCGCUGUGCACCGCGGUGACGGCGUGACAGCCACUUCCCGGCGGAUCGGGCCAGAAGUCUCCCGACGAAUCUACGUGCAGAUGACUUCCCACGAUCCUGAUCUCUACUUGGAUUUCAUGGGGUGA